GUUGCUGUAUAUGUGUGUGUGUGUGUGCGUGUUGGAAAAUGAAAAAUGCAAACCCAGCAGCAGAGUGAAAAUAAGAAUGCAAUAGAAAAGUUAAGAAAAGCUUAGUUUAAAGUGUUAGCGCAAUCAAGUUAUGCACAUGGAAGUCUCAUUCCUAGGCCCAUACGCUUGUCCCGCCGCCUCCGCCGCCGCCGUAGCAGCUCCCGCGAGUAAAGGCAGCAGCAGAAGAAGUCGUCGACGUCGCUGUCGCUGUUGUUGUUGGACAUGGAACAAACCUAUCGCCUAAAUCUGCAACAUUCUCACAAUACGAAUGCAACAAAAAAUGUUUUGAUUAAAUCGCAAAGCAGUGGCAAGCUCAUAACAAAAAGCAAUGAAGUGGAGACAGGAAUAUCAACAACAAGCGCAACAACAACACCAACAACAACUACUCUACGUGCGGCUAAGCUCAAGAUCGAGGCAAUGCAACAAAAGCAGCAACAACAACAACAACUACAAAAUGGAACAACCAAUACAAGCAGCAGUAAUAUUAUCCUGCUGCGCGGCACACGUAAUGAAAAUGGCCAAAUUAUCAUACAAAACAAACAGGAUAUACUCAGCUUGCUGCAGUCAGGUGAACAGCAACAGGACAAGGGCACAGCCACGGCCAUUACACUUAAUCAGCUACCCACAGCCACCACAGUGGCACGAAAGACAAUUCUGCAGAGCAGCAGUCAAACGGCUGCAGCCAUCUCAGCGGGUCAAAAUGCCAAUUCCACCAUCUCAAUAGUGGCCAGCGGUAGUGGCAAUAAGGAUUCAAGCGGCAAUACUAAUACCAUUCUGCUGCAAACUCCUAUCAAUGCCAGCCAAUUGGAGAGUGUCCUAAAGGCUCAAGAGCGUAAUAAGCAGACUAAACUAAUCGAAAGGCCAUUCAUGUUGAAACAUGCCUCGCGUAGUCUUAGCACUGAAAGCAAUGCGGAUAGCAAGUCUCCGUUUGUGUUGCAGACAUUGAAACGUUUGGAGAAAUCGCAAUCUAUAUUGGUAAUAAGAAAUUCCACAGCUGCCACACCGGCAUCAUCGUCGGCAACGAUCUCUAUGGCCACAACACCGCCGCUAGCUAAGGUCUCCACUUCCGUGUCCAAUGCGUCGUCCAAUUCUUCGAAUAUCAGUAGCAUAGCACGUACCACAAAGGCGGCAAAGGGCAUGGCGGCAACUUUGCAUAAGCUUAAGUUGGCCACAGCAGCAGUAUCUGCCACAGCGGCAACAGCAACAACAACAACAGGUGCAGUAGGAGCAGCAGCAGCUGGAGGUGCUACCACCUCAUCGACAGCAACCACAAUUUUAAGGCUAGGCAAAAGUGCCACAACGCUGGCCAUUAAUGGUGGUAAAGUUGAAACAACAGCGGCAACAACAACAGCGACGCCAACAACAUCAAAUAAAUUGUCCAGCACGGUGACAACCGAACAGCAGCAACAGCAACAACUACAAUCGACGGCAACAACAAAUGUGCCACUUGGGAACGAUGGCGAACCUAUCAAACUGCCCGACAAUUUGGAGAGCCUGCCAAGAGCUGACAGUUUUCCAUCACAGCGUCAUCGUUGGAAUACAAAUGAGGAAAUUGCUGCGAUUCUUAUCAGUUUUGAUAAGCAUAGCGAAUGGCAAUCAAAAGAAGUACGAACCAGACCAAAAAGUGGUUCCCUUUUGCUAUAUUCGCGUAAAAAAGUGCGUUACAGACGCGAUGGUUAUUGCUGGAAGAAACGCAAAGAUGGCAAAACAACGCGGGAGGAUCACAUGAAACUAAAAGUACAAGGCACUGAGUGCAUCUAUGGUUGUUAUGUACACUCGGCCAUAUUGCCUACAUUUCAUCGCAGAUGUUACUGGCUAUUGCAGAAUCCAGAUAUUGUUUUGGUGCAUUAUCUAAAUGUACCCUAUCCGGAUGAUAAUAAAAUGGCUGUCAUUGCGCCCAGUAUUACUUUGUGGGGUGACAAAAAGGAAUGGACCAAAGAAGAGCUGGUCAGCCAAUUGAAACCUAUGCUAUCAACAGUCAAUUCGGAUGAUGAUUCCGAUUCGGGCAAUGACAUUGAGAUCUCUACGGCUGAGACUGUGGAGUCAAUAGUCUGCCAAUUGAUGGAAAAGCAGCGACAAUCACGUCAAGCCGCAUUGGUUAAACAGCUGGACUGUGGCUGUGGUGAUGCUGGCUGUGCCGAUGGCAAAACCUGUACACAUCCUGUAAUGCGACGCUCUGGUGGCAUAUUGAAAUCUGUUUCCGAGAAACGUUUAGGUCAUGAGAGUGGCGGAGGCGUCUAUAAUGUGACAAAUAGUGGUGGUGGUGGUGGUGUUGGUGGUGCAGCGGCGGCAACACCUAAUGUGGUUGUGGCUAGUAAGCUGUAUUCCCGCUGGUCGGAGAGACAGCGGCAACAGCAACAACAGCAACAUUUGGAUGCGAAUAAUCUGCAUGGACAAUUUCACAAUGCCACACAACAAUUGCCCCAAGAGUCAGCCAUCAAAUUUCAAAUAAUUCCACCACAACAACAACAACAGCAGCAGCAGACGCAAGAGAGUAACAACUAUCAACAAUAUCGUUCUGCUGCUACGAAUCAUCAGCAACUAAUGGCCACAAGAAGUAAUCUAGUCAUACAGCAGCAGCAGCAGCAACAGCAGCAACAACAACAAUAUCAGUUGCAACGUUUGCAACAUUUAAAUCACAAUCAUCAACGACUGCAAAUUGCCAAUACAACGAUUACGGCAACAACUAGAGAUGUGUCUGUGGCAGGGGCAACAACAACUACAACAGCCUCUGCAGCAGCAGCAGCAGCGGUAGUCAUGGAUACAGAACUAAUUGAAAAUCAAAGUCACAUGACCACAAACAAAAUCAUAAACCCCCAAAAUAACAACAACAACAACAACGGCAAGCAAUUAUCAGCUCAAACAAACAACGAAUUAAAUGUCGUAAACCAUAAUAACCCAAGCAAUAAUAAUAAUAAUAACAACACCAACAACAAUCAGCACUUUAUGUACAAUCAACACCAGCAACUCAAUGCUUCCAAUGGCAACAACCAGCAGCAGCAGCAACAUUAUUAUAAAUUGCAACAGGCAGCAGCAGCAGCAGCCACCCCAAGUCAAGCCCAACCCCCAGUUGAGGCCAUGUGCAUGUCACCCGAGCAUCGCAGCAGCACAAGUAAUAAUAAUGCAACAACAGCCACAACGUCUUCCACACCCUCCUCCUCACAAUCAUCAGUCACCUCAUCAUCCACCUCGAGUUCCUUACAAUCCAUUAUCGAUGGCAAUCAACAGCAACAAAUUACAACGACAUCAGCAGCAGUAGCAGCAGCAGCAGCAGCAACAGAAACUUGUGAUAAUUUAAUGAGCGAGAAAAUGGACCGAGGCGGAGUUGGAGGCGGCGGCGAAGGCAUAGGCAUAGGCAUCGGUGUCGGAGGCAAUUGCAAUCGGGCCAAACAAAAUCAUCAUCUACGAAAUGGUUGUGCCCAUACCACAUUUAGUGCUUCCAGUGAUAAUAGCAGCCAAAUUAGUGUCAGCGAUGAGAGCAGUAAUAAUCCGCAUACGAUAAGCAGCAGCAAUAGUAUUGGUAGUAGCAGCAGCAGUAGUAGCAGCAGUGAACAGGAUGAGCCAUUGGCCACAGAAGGAGAAUCAUUGAGCUUCUUUAAUGAGACUUUGGAUCUUUCACAAGAGGAUAUACAAAGGACUCUAAUAGCCAAUAUGCCAUAUAGUAAUGGCAAUGCAUCAGGAACAACAGCAGGAGAGGAAGGAACAGGAGCAACAACAUCAAUUCUAGAACAGAAACAUGAGAAAGUCACAGCCGAAACGGAAACCGCAACCGCAGUUGUUGAAGCUGAUGAGGAAACAGAUGAUGUCUUUGCCAAUUUAGACCCGUUCGAUAUGUUGGUAGAAUUUCCCGAAUUGGAUUUAGAUGAUAAACAGGCUCUAAACAAUACAGCUCUAGAGCAAGGCUCUUAUUUGGCUACUGGGGAGGCGACAACUGUCGUUACAACGCCGACGACACCAACGACAACGUCGACGACGCCGUCAAUAGCCCGUAAAGUUCACAACAUUUGUGAUUUUAGCCCCGAAUGGUCGUAUACCGAAGGUGGGGUAAAAGUCCUUGUAGCCGGUCCCUGGAGUAGCAAUCAAGGACAAGGUGGUGCCUAUACGGUGCUAUUCGAUGGCCAACCCGUGCCCACGGAGCUAGUGCAAGAGGGUGUUUUGCGUUGUUAUUGUCCGGCGCAUGAGGCGGGCUUUGUAAGCCUACAAGUGGCCUGUGGUGGCUUUCUUGUCUCCAAUUCUGUGAUGUUUGAGUACAAGUUAUCACUGCUAGCCGAUGCUCCUUUCGAUGCGAGCAGCUCCAACGAUUGUCUAUACAAAUUCACAUUGCUCAAUCGUCUAUCGACCAUAGAUGAGAAGCUACAGGUUAAAGCAGAGAACGAACUGACGACGGAUCACACAGCCCUCUAUAUGGAGCCAAAUUUUGAAGAGAAAUUGGUUAGUUAUUGUCAUAGACUAACGAAACAUUCAUGGAGUUUACCCAGCUGUAGCACAAUAGCCAAUUGGUCGGUGGGUUUAAGAGGCAUGACUCUCUUACAUUUGGCUGCCGCUCUGGGCUAUGCCAAACUGGUGGGAGCCAUGCUCAAUUGGCGUGCCGAGAAUCCACAUAUCAUAUUGGAAACCGAAUUAGAUGCUCUCAGUCAGGAUGUCUAUGGUUUCACACCGCUAGCUUGGUCUUGUGUGCGUGGACAUGUGGAAUGUUCAUUGUUGCUCUACAAAUGGAAUCACAAUGCAUUGAAAAUAAAAACGCAGGCACAGCAAACGCCAUUGGAUUUGGCCAAUUUGAGGGGACACAAGCAGCUUUUGAGUCAAAUGUAUCGUUUGGAAAAGGAACGUUGUCGUAAGCCUCAUUUGCGUGGUGGUUUGGCCAAUCUAUCAAUGAAUAUGGGUCUAGAGGGAUCGGCAUCAGAUACAUCAGAGCAGCAGCAGCAGCAGACGCAACAGGCGGCUGUAUAUGGUUAUGAGACAGGCAAACAUCAUGAUGGUGUAUUCCUAAGACCUGUGGCUAUUGCCAGCAAUCAAAGUCCUCCUAAUAAUAGCAGUCGCUAUUCAAAGCGUUCUUCCAUUGAUAGUGGCAUUAAUAUGGAUAUACGCAGUAAAUCUGGCAAAUCUCUCAACAGAUUGCAUAGCACCUUUGAUAGUCAUGAUAAUUAUAAUUUGGGUGUUGAUUCACCUUUAGAUUCCUUGACUGGGACCAAUUGUCUGCUCUCGCCUUUACGUAAAAUGGAUUUUGCUCUCUGCGAAGUUGUAUCCACAGGCGAAUCGAGUCCCAUUAACGACAAAGAUUUAAUUGAAAGCGGCGAUGAAUGUUCGACAAGCGCCACCGAUGUGACAAUUGGCAAUGAGCUGGCUUUGGUCGAUGUUGCCGUAGUAGGGGAUUCCGAUGCCAAAGUGUUAACAUUAGCCGAACAUAUUAUAGCAGCCAUGCCGGAGCGUAUAAAGAACGAAGCCGAUGAAAUGAUGGUGUUGGGAAGCCCCUUGACGGAACCUCUUACCUCGGAAUCUUCAGCUUUAACGGAUAGCUUUAUGGAUCCAUUGCUUGACUCCUUGCCCAAUACACAUUUCGAUAGCGAUUUCAGUUUUGAUUUUCAUGAACAUGGCUAUCGUUAUCAUGAUGUUAGCACACCAUGUUCUAGUCUAAGUCCAGCCAGUUCGGGGCCAUUGCAAUCGCCAGCCAGUUAUUCUAUAUUGGGAACAGAUCCAUCUGUUAGCUCACCAAGUCCGCCACCAUCGACAAAACAACUGACAGAAUUUCUGCAUGCAUCGAGUCUAUCCCAAUAUCCCUUUGAGGCGGAUUUCUCCAAGCUGACGCUAACCGAUACCGAGCAAAGGGAAUUGUAUGAGGCAGCCAAGUGUAUACAGAAGGCGUAUCGUUCGUAUAAGGGUCGCCAGAAGAUGGAGGAGCAGAAUAAAGAGCGAACGGCAGCCAUUGUUAUACAGAAUUAUUAUAGAAGAUAUAAGCAAUAUGCCUACUACAGACAAAUGACAAAUGCAGCUCUUGUUAUCCAGCAUGGCUAUCGUUCGUAUAGACGAAAUAAGCGCUUCAAGAAUGGCAAUGGCAGUGAUCAUGGCAGUAGUGUGGGCAGCAGCAGUAACUCACAGUGUUUGUCCAGUUUCUAUGAUCAUUACAAACAGGAUCAGCAGCAGCAACAAGAGAUGGGAUCACAGCCCAGUACACCCAAAGAGACAAGUCCCUCGGGUCCACUGAAACGCACCUACUCGCAGUCGACUCAAAACCAAGCAGCUAGAAAAAUUCAACAAUUCAUGAGACAAUCACGUAUCAAACUACAGAGAGAACGAGCCGAAAAAGAGAAGCUGGUGCACCAACGCAGGGCGGAAUACCUUCAAAACUUGCAGUAUCAAGGACAACAGGAAAUAUUACUUUGCCAAGAAAAUAGCAGCAAUUCUGCUAUUACUCAGAGCAACAACGUCAACAAUCUACACCAAAUGCAAUCCAAUCAGUGAUAAACUGAUCUAUGAAACUUUACUUAUUUUAUAGGAACGAUUAAAUUCAGUUUCAAAAUAUUGUUCAAUAAGAAUUUAUGAAUAGCUUUAACAACUGAGUGAAAAAAAAUACAAACAAACAAUUUCUACUUUCGUAUUUGUUUAAACAAAAAAAAAAAACAAAAAAGUAUAAGAAUUGCACCCUAACAAAGUAGUUUAACAAUUCUUUCUUAGUAGCAAAAAGAAAAAAAGAAAUCAGAGAAAAAAAACCUUUAUUCAUUAUUUAUUACAUUACUUAUUUUUUUGCAAAAACGAAUUUUUAAACACGAACUUGAACUAAAACCAAAACAAAAACACAUUUGUUUUG